AUGGAGAGACCCAAUAAGACCUCUCCUGUGGCAGGGUUCAUUCUCCUGGGCCUCUCAGCCCACCCAAAGUUGGAGAAAAUGUUCUUUGUGCUCAUCCUGGCCAUGUACCUGGUGAUCCUGCUGGGCAACGGGGUGCUCAUCCUGGUCACCAUCUUUGAUUCCCACCUGCACACUCCCAUGUACUUCUUCCUGGGGAACCUUUCCUUCCUGGACAUUUGCUACACCACUUCCUCGGUCCCCCUCAUUCUUGACAGCUUCCUGACCCCCAGGAAAACUAUCUCCUUCUCAGCCUGUGCCAUCCAAAUGUUUCUCUCCUUUGCCAUGGGAGCCACAGAGUGCGUGCUUCUGAGCAUGAUGGCGUUUGAUCGCUAUGUGGCCAUCUGCAACCCCCUGCGGUAUCCUGUGGUCAUGAGCAAGGCUGCCUAUGUGCUCAUGGCCAUCAGCUCUUGGGGAGCUGGCAUCACCAAUUCUGUAGUACAGACAUCCCUUGCAAUGAGGCUGCAUUUCUGUGGGGACAAUGUCAUCAACCACUUCACCUGUGAGAUCCUGGCCGUGCUGAAGCUGGCCUGUGCUGACAUCUCCAUCAAUGUCAUCAGCAUGGUCUUGGCCAAUGUGAUCUUCCUGGGGGUCCCAGUUCUGUUCAUCUCUUUCUCCUACAUCUUCAUCCUCACCACCAUUCUGAGGAUCCCCUCGGCUGAGGGGAGGAAGAAGGCCUUCUCCACCUGCUCUGCCCACCUCACUGUGGUGACCAUCUUCUAUGGGACCAUCCUGUUCAUGUAUGGAAAGCCUAAGUCCAAAGACCCAUUGGGGGCAGACAAGCAGGACCUUGAAGACAAGCUCAUCUCCCUCUUUUAUGGGGUGCUGACCCCCAUGUUGAACCCCAUCAUUUAUAGUUUGAGGAACAAGGAUGUGAAGACUGCUGUGAAGAAUCUAGUAGCUCAAAAAACACUCAAUUGAAUGACUAUUAUUGAAUUCAAGA